AAUGGGCAGCUUGUUCAGUCCUGAGCCGGGCUUUGUGAGGUAUCGUCUAUGAAAGCAGGAGGGAACCGGGAGCAGAACAGGAACAAUAGGCCAGGCUGGCAGGAGCAGCGACCUCCUCACUCCCGUGGUCCGUUUCCAGAGUGUCGCCGGCCCGAAGCGAACCGCGGCUCCCAGAGUGCGCUAGCUGGGGUAGAAGCUGGCAUGAUCAACUAGGCGGUCCAGGUGUGGAGAGCUGGUGGCUUGUGAUCUUCUGGACAGAGACGCUGUCUUCACUUGUGGGCAUGCGUCUGGGACCAGGAACUUGGUAGAUACCCUGAGACGGAUUGUUGACCCGUGGACCAUGAUGACACUGAAGAAGGUCAGAUUCCAGGACCUACAUGCAUCGGACGGGUCGAUCGAUGACGGAGCGGACAUGGACGGCCUGAACAGAAACAUGCCUGAGAAUGGGCGUCAGACCCACCAGGUGCUGCAGAGCACCCCGCUGGAUCUGAUUGAAACUGGGAAGGGGCUGAAGUUCCAGGCAGAGCGCCCCCAUCUGGUCAGCCUGGGAAGUGGCCGCCUCAGCACCGCCAUCACACUCCUGCCUCUGCCAGAAGGACGUACCACUCUUGGCUGUGGAAACACGGAUAUCAGCAUCCAGGGCCCGGGAAUCAGGGCCCAGCACUGCUACAUCGAGAACCGCGCUGGAGUCAUCAGUCUGCACCCCUGUGGGAACCAGUGCACUAUGGACGGGAUCCCCAUUACGAAGCCGGUUCUGCUGUCCCAAGGCUGUAUGCUGUGUUUCGGCCAGUCGGCCUUUUUCCGCUUCAACCACCCAGAAGAGGCCUUCAGGAUGAAAAGCAUGCUGCCAGGGGUGGGCCAGACCCCCGGCGGGGGCUACAGGAUCCACACAGAUUCGGACAGCUUGGUCAAUGGGAACCACCAGGCGGGUCUGCCUGAGUCCCGGCCGGUCCCGCGGGAGCGCACGCGCCCCGAGCACAGUGCGCUGGUCACGUCCAUCGAGAAGGACCUGCAGGACAUCAUGGACUCGCUGGUGAUGGAGGAGCCACAGGCCUCCGCGUCCUUGCAGCCUAAAAAGGCUGCUGGACCCCCGGCAGCCCAGUCACCCCUCUCCCCUGUGGUGAAUGGCGGGGGCCGCUACCUGCUGUCCCCGCCCACCAGCCCGGGAGCCAUGUCCGUGGGCUCCAGCUACGAGAACGCCUCGCCCCCUUUCUCCCCACUCUCCUCUCCGUCGGGGGCCAGUAGCGGGAGCUACACCAGCCCCUCCCCAGGCCCCUGCCAAGAUCCGGCCCCCUCUCUGCCCCCGGUGCCUGUCCGCUCGUCCAGCUACAACCACGUGGUGCAGCCACCCACCCCCCAGCCCCGCACCGCGCUGUCCGGCUACAGUGUCGGACCCAGGGUGCCGGAGAGCCCCAAGCUUCAGAGGAAAGUAUUGCUGGAGGCCCCCCCGAGUCCCACCCCCUCGCGUCGGGGUCUGAAUCUGGAGAGGGCCCCGAACAGCCCCCGGCCGAACCAUAGCUUGCCAUCGGUCUCCGUGUCCUUGGCUCUUGGGGAGAGCAGCUCCCUGGACAGGCUCUCGGUGAAGCAGGGCAGCCCCAGGCUGACUUCCAAGUUUCCCAGCCCGUCGCCUUCCCCAGUCCCCCAGGUCUCCAGGGCGGCUGCCCUUCAAGACCGCCCGCAUAGCCCCUUCCACGACCUGGGCCCUGCGGACCGCUCGCUGACUGCCAGCCCAUCUUGGCAGCUCUCGCCACCCCAGCGCUCCUUCCAGCCCCCGCUGGACCCCAUCAUCCACAUCAUCCCGGGCGGCGGCUCGCAGGUGCAGCAACAGCGCCUCCUGCAGCCUCCAGAGAGCCCUCGUCUGGCUCGGCGCAACCAGGAGGUCAGCGGCGGAGGCGGCAGCAUUAGCAUGCGCGAGCUCCCCCCUCUGAGCCCCUCCUUGGGUCGGCGAGGCGUGCCCGUGCUGCCCGGUGCUCUCCCCGGGACCACCCCAGUGCUCAGGCCACCCGACAGAGCCCCCGCCAAGCUGGUGCCAGAGAGCCCGCGACUCCGCCGCAAGGCGGGCUCCCCCCCGGACGAUGCUUUCGGGACUCGGGGGGUGCGAGCCCGGAGCCCAUCGCCCACCUCCAGCUUGCUGAAGGACAGCGGGAGGAAAGGUUCAGUGGGUUAUGGGGCCACCCUCCCUGGCACCUCCCCACUCCCCAGCCCCCGGCCCCCCCGCAAGAUGUCUGCUGAGCUGGGGAGGCCUGUCGGACACCCAGGGAUGAGGGAGCGCAAGAACAGCAUCACGGAGAUCAGCGACAACGAGGAUGAGCUGCUCGAGUACCACCGGCGGCAGCGUGAGGAGAGGCUCCGGGAGCAGGAAAUGGAGAGGCUGGAGCGGCAGCGGCUGGAGACCAUCCUGAACCUCUGUGCUGAGUACAACAAGAGUGAUGGACCCAGCAUGGAGGGGGCGGGGCGACUGGGCUUCCCCGGCGAGUCGGGGGGGGUCAGGAGACCCACCAUGGAGACGGCUGGUGCGGCACCUCUGCGGGCCCCAGCAAGGCCUAGGGAAAGUGAUGAGGAGAACCUGAAGGAGGAGUGCAGCAGCACUGAGAGCACUCAUCAUGAGCAUGAGGACUCACCAGUACUGGGCAGUGCCGGCCGGCAGGAGUUGGCCUGCAUGGAAGAGGAGCGCGUCCGAGUCCUGGCACGGGUUGACGAGCUGAAGACACGAGUCACCGAGCUGGAGCAACAGCUGCAGGAGUCCAGGCAUGAGGCGGAGAUGGAGCGGGCACUGCUGCAGGGCGAGCGGCAGGCUGAGCUGGAGCAGAUGCAGGCCGAGGCGGAGAUCAUCGCUCAGCUGCAGCGCAAGCUCAGCGAGAUGGAGGGCGCCGUCCAGAGGGAGAAGGACAAGGCGAGGGCAAAAGUUGACGCGGAGAGGGAGGCACUGGAGAGGCUCCAGGACGGGUACAGUGAGCUGAAGAGCCAGCUGCAUAACUGCCCCGAGUCACUGAGGGAACAGUUACAGGACCAGUUCCGAAGGGAGGCAGAGACCCUGGAGGCGGCGACCAAGCGCUUCGAGGACCUGGAGUUCCAGCAGCUGGAGAGGGAGAGCAGCCUAGAGGAGGAGAGGGAGACGGUCAGCCAGCAGCUCCUGCAGGAGCGAGCAGAGUACCACAGCAGCCUGGCCAAGCGGAAGGAGAAGGUGGCGGCGCUGGAGAGCCAGGCCAACCAGCUGGGUCUGCAGGCAGCCCAGGAGUGCGAGCGGCUGGCCAAGGAGAGGAACCUGGCGGUGCAGAUGCUCCACAAGGAGAGGGAGAAGCUGUCUGCCCUGGAGAAGAGAUACCUCAGCCUAAAUGGAGGGAGGAGCCUCCCCAAGAACAGCACUACAAUGAAGGAGGAAGUUCUCCAUAUCAGCGAAUCGGAUGCAAUCGAGGACGCUUAUUCCCAGAAUUCCCUCUGCGAACCUGCCGGCUCCUACUUAAACGCUUCAUCCUCUCAGAUAUAUCCCAUCCGACCCCAUGAGUGCUCUCGGGGGUACCUGAAGCUCUCUGACGUCUAUAAGAUGUAUGGGAGCGGAAACCUCAACCCCCCAGCUGCCGCUACCCCUGCUCCGCACUGCCUCUCGCUCGCCGUAGGUCCGGCCGCUUCCUGCGAGGAUUACAUCACUCUCAGCCAAGUAAACCAGAUCUUCGGGAUGCCGAAGGUCGACCCCUCCCCCACCUCUCCCGUCCAAUCAUUCCACUCCGUAGUUGCAGAGCCCGCCUUCUCCUGCUACACAACUCCCCGUGGCUCCUCCCUCUCUCUCUCUACCGAGCCUGAUUGGAGCAGGCCUCAAACGGCCACUCUGGAUUUGGAGUGGUGGUACCAGGAGGUCAUGGCUGCCGGGGAGGCCGUCCCUCUCGCGAGCGGCCAGCCGUGCCCUCCCCCCCUCCCAGCUAAAUCUCUCUCGUCACGCAGGCCAGCGCAGGUGUACCGCUCCAAACUGGAGAGUGACAGCAGCUCAGCCGGACCGCGGGCCAAAGCUAGCAGCGGAUCACCGCCAUUGUACGGCGCUGCGACGCUUGGCCGUAGCACGGUAGCCAAGAGCCCCAUGACGCUCCCCAGCAACACGGGAAGCCUCCCCCGAAACCUGGCUGCCACUCUGCAGGACAUCGAGACCAAGAGGCAACUGGCCCUGCAGCAGAAAGUGUCCUUGUCCCCCCUGGUCGAGCCCCGGCCCCCCAGCGUCAGCCUCACAGGCCACCAGGUGAUCGAGGAGCAGCGCCGGCGUCUGGCGGAGCUGAAGCAGAAGGCGGCGGUGGAGGCGCAGUACCAGUGGGAGGUGCUGCACGGCUCCCAGACCCAGCUGAACGUGCCCCUGGUCUCGCCCCUGCCUCCCAUGGUGCACCACUCCAUCCUGCAUCACCAGCCGCCCGCAGCUGGAGAGCACGCCUACGACACCGUCAGCCUGGAAAGUUCCGACAGCAUGGACACCAGCGUCUCCACGGGCAACUCUGCCUGCUCUCCUGACAACAUGUCCAGCACCAGUGGGAUGGACGCCCUGAAGAUCGAGGAGAUGGAGAAGAUGCUGAAGGAGGCGCAGCUGGAGAAAGCCAGGCUGUUGGAAAGUCGGGAAAGGGAAUCCCAAGCCCGUCGACAGAUGCUGGAGGAGGAGCGCAGGAGGCGGGAGGAGGCGGAGCAUCGGCUGCAAGAAGAGGCGGAGCAGAGGCAGCAGCUGGUGGAGAAGGAGGUCAAGAUGAGGGAGAAGCAGUUCUCUCAGGCCCGGCCCAUGACGCGCUACCUGCCGAUCCGGAAGGAGGAGUUUGACCUGCGGGCCCACGUGGAAUCAUCCGGCCACAACAUAGACACCUGCUACCAUGUGAUCGUCACGGAGAAAAUGUGUAAGGGCUACCUGGUCAAGAUGGGAGGCAAGAUCAAGUCGUGGAAGAAGCGCUGGUUCGUCUUCGAUCGCCUGAAGCGGACCUUCUCCUAUUACGUAGACAAACACGAAACCAAGCUGAAGGGGGUCAUCUACUUCCAAGCCAUAGAGGAAGUUUACUACGACCACCUACGAAGUGCCACCAAGAAGGGAUUUUUCAACCUGAGUCUGCCCAGUCACCUUUCAGAGCUGCUGCCCCCCCAGUUUCGCAGAGAGAGCCCCAACCCCACGCUGACCUUCUGUGUGAAGACCCACGACCGACUCUACUAUAUGGUGGCCCCCUCCGCAGAAGCCAUGCGCAUCUGGAUGGACGUCAUAGUGACGGGUGCUGAAGGCUACACCCAGUUCAUGAACUAACGAGGGGAUGGUGAAGGAGGGCUCAGACCAGGCAGCUCCCCCAGCCAGAAGAGCUUGCGGCUGGUGACAGCGUUAAGGUCAAAGGCUGCCUCCCGGAACUCUACUCCGAGGUUUUGGGAAAGACUUUUCAAUUUUUAUUUUAUUUUAUUAUUAUUUUUUUUUUUUUUUUAAAAAAAAAAAAAAACAAUUUUUAAGAAAUGGUUAUGUGACAUUACUCAGUCUCUGUCUACGCAAUUUCUUAAUCUGUCUGCUUCUGCCUGCAUUGGGAAAAAAAAUGGAGCUUCGACGGAACAAAAGCCAAACCUUUAAAUUCGACGGCUUUGCAAGAGAAGCGCAAAGCCUCGUCCAUAUUGCCAACAGAAAGAUUCUGUCUAGCUAACAGUACCUCAAUAAAAACAAAGGACCUCUUAAGUAAGGCUUUCAUUUCGAAGUUUAAUGAACUAUUUAAACUUUUGUUUUUAUUUUUGGACGGAGGUCAAAUCGGAUCUAGCGCAGUGCCAAGACCCUACUCUUUUAUUAUCAUCUGAGUGUGUUUGUGUGUGUUUUUUUUUUUUCCAGGACACAGAUAUGUAUGUUACAUGUACGAGCACAGUAUGUUAUGUCGGUGUGACUCUAAUCGAGAUUUGUAUCACCUUUUUGUUUUAUAUAAAUUCACAAACAGACCUGUUUUUUUUUGUUGCUGGAUAACAGACUAAUGAACCACGUACCUGAAAUGGCUACAUUAACACCCACCAAAGCUGACACACCGCUGCCUCAGGUCUGUGGCGGAAAAACACACUAGUGCAACACGCUGGAGUUCACUGUGUCCACCUGGGAAUGCUGCCGCCCCCACACACGCACACACACACACACGCGCGCGCACACACACACCUCGGGGAGUCCACACCUUCUGACUUGACCUGAACAAUUGGAGGGGCCAUUUAAUCCCAAAUACAGCCAGCCUGCAGCAUCCACAGGGCUACAGUGACCUUACAUGGUACAGAGGAAGGGGAACAGUGCUAGAUCAUCCUAGAAAAUCACAUAUAUUUAUUUCAAUAGAUUAUAUAUAUUAUAUAUAUAUAUAUAUGUGCCUUUGUAUAACUCCAGGGAACUAGAGCUUCAUAAUUUGUGGACAAUUUACUGGCAUGUAUGUUAAUAUCAUUUUGCUUUUUUAAAAUAUUUUUAAUAACUUUUAUCUGAAGCUGGUCAGGGAGGGCUUGGAAUUACAUGUUUUAUUCUCUAAAUAUGUUUAAACCGUGGUGCAAUAAGGGAAAAAGCAGGUGGGUGGCGCCCAUCCGAGACGGCAGGUGACUCUGGUGACAGUGUGACCAUGAGGUCCCUCACUUUCUCCCCAGUGCCUUGGGAAAUACUCCGCUGCUGUUUUUAACAGCUGACUGGUCGUCGAAUCUUCAUAUAUAGAUUAAAUGCACGUUUUUCAAAAAUAAAAUUAAAAAAAAAAAAAUUGGUAUCCUGGACUGAUUUGGUACCGAUCA